GACCCUGGUGAAGUGCACAUCGUCUCUUCCGUGUUUCUCGUUAAUAAAAGUGAUCGAUAAAUUGUGUUGACGAUUGUUGUGUGAUCGAUAUGGGCUCAUGCUUCUUGGAGGAAUAAAUUUUUAUUUAGUUUGUAGAGUUCUUUUGAUCAGUGACCUGUUGUCAUUUUUAUUGACGCUGGGAUUUAUUCUCGCGUAUUCCGAACAUUGAUUUUGUGUGCGAAGUUGUGAUGCUACUUGGGAGAAAUUGUUGAGAGAUGUACCCUCGAUUUAGCCUGUCGUGCUUGAUCCUGCUCGUAUGUUUAUCCUGCACAGCACUGGCUAGGAACAAUGGACCACGACCUCCAGCACCUCGGCACCAUCGCAGACGGGCUGCAGCCCUCAGCGAAUUCCUCACACCUCCACCUCCACCACUCCAAAGAAAUCGACCCCCCCAAUUUCACCAGAAUCCACCAUUUCGGCAGGGAAAGAUCCUGAACCCAACGCCACCACCUGCACCCCAAUCCCCUGGAUUUUUUGCGAGAUUCAUGGGUUGGUUCAACCCCUGGAGUGGAGGCCCACUCCCGCAGCAUCCACCCAGCCCCCAGCUAAAUCAUCCUGUACUUCAGACACCAGUACAACACGAAACUUAUGGACCUCCACAACUACCACAAGUUGAAACACGUCCUCAGCAGCACCAACGUGCCCCAUCUCCGAAAGCAAUCCACUCACAGCUUCCUGCACUGUCUGGCAUAAACUGUCACCCCUGCGACACAGUUCCUUGGGUUCCCCUGAUCGGCAGAUACGCAGAAGGAGCCCCUACUAUUCCCCUUGACGAGCCUCACCAAGAUCUCUCGGUCCCCAACUUCUACCACGCGCCCUCGCACGAGGUGAAAAUUCCAGAUUUCGGAUGGGAAAAACCGCCCGCGCCUCCUCAAGAUCCACAUUCUCAAAGUUCCAACAUCUUCAACACAGACUUCCCGUCUCCCUUAACAGGACCUAUUCCCAACCCUCACCUGUACCCAGGGGCGAUGCCACCGCUGUUUAAAGCCGCUCAUUGGGAUUCGGCACCAGCAUCGACAGAUCACAACGAUCAAUUGAGGAGCAGUGGCUUUGGUGAUCUGCCCACAGAAACCUCAAAUCCUCAAUUUAAUUUACCAUCGAAUAUUCCACCAUCAGGAUCCUCGCAUACAGGUGGAGAUUACGUGGAUGUCCUUCCACCUGGUGCAGAAAUUGCAUCAGGCCCUGAACUUCUACCCCCAAGUCUACCAGAUCGAAAUCUCAACUCGAAUUCCUUCAACCCUUCAGCGGAAUCCACUCUCCACCCGAGUGGCUCGCACCAAGUGGCUUCUGUCUCCUUUGAUACAGUGCUGGACAAUCGUCAGCAUCAAAAUCCAGGGACAAGUGCCAAUGAGAACAAGAAGACUGCCGUUAAUCAGCCCACGGAGCUGGGAACCAAAUUAUCCUCCGAUGGUCAACACAUUAUCCACAUUCAGCAGUCUCCAGUGAUUGAUUUAUCAGAGGACACCAGGAAACAAGACUGCAAGGACGGUAAUUUCUCUCAAAUCACUGAGGAUGCUCCAGUGAUUCUCCAGAAUCCUGACGGCAGUUAUGGAAUAAAUAUGUCCUGGCCGAAUGAUAAUUCGGGGUGGAUCAGUUCUGUGAGCGAUGGUGGAGACUCUGCAGCGGUUUCUUCAACAAUUCAAAUUGCUGAGGAUCAUCCCCAGGUGCAGAGGGGGCAAAAUAAUGAGCGAAUUAGUGAUUCGAAAGUGGAGGAGAAGUCUUUGCUAUUGAAUAUAUUGGGAAAGGCGGAGAAUGACUCGAAUUUCGGACAGAGAAUUGUCGCGACGCAGCAGCCUCACGGGAAUCAUCAACGAGUGGUGCCUUUGGAGGACAGACAGAAAAUAGAGACGAGCACAGCUGAGGAGUCUCUCUCUGGAGCCAUCAUCAAGUCUUACAAUGAAUUCCAGAAGGAAGUGCCGCCAGAGCAAAGCCAAGGGACGAGUAAACCUUGGAUUGAUCCCAAGGAUAUUCAUCAGGGUGCUGGAUUUUCAGCUUCCACUGGAACUGCCCGGAAGAUGAGGGACGAGGACAAUCAUCAGCAAGGGGGAAGAAGGAAUAAACAGGUGCAGCUAAUAAUCCCCUACACAUCUCAGCACACACCAAGUCCUUUCCAAGACCCCGGAAGGAUUCAAUCUCGGAAGGUUCCACAAUCGGCCGAAGUCACUGAAGAAGAGCGGAUUCAUAUACUCCAGACUUUGGAGAGUCUUCCAAAAUUGAAAAAACUCACGAGGCCCUUCUCUGCGAGUAAAAUUAAUACCUCGAUUGAUCCACUGAGGCUUCAGAAAAAUAUAGAUAACUGGACCAUUCAAGAAUACUCGAGGGGAACAACGGUGAGCACGGCUGUUCCCAGUUCUCCACAUCGGCUUCAGCAGUCAAAAAAAAUUCCUGAUGAAUACUUCACCACUACUGAACCCGUUGCGACCAUCAGAGAGGCUGAGAAAGCCUUUGGAAAUAUUCUCGAUGGAUUCAACUUCAAUGAUCUAGACCAUGAAGGCUCCGCGAGUAGCAGGGUGGAGGUUCCACAUGUUCAUGUCUCAUCAUCGGAGAAAACGGAAUCCUCGUCAUCGGAGGCCCCAGGGAGUGCUCCAUUGAGUUCCGAAGACCUCUCAUGGGAGCAACUUCCGGUCUCAAUUUCUCCAGUGAGUAACGAGCGUGUGUACAUAGUGACCCCCCAGUCGGCGAAGAAACCAUCGAAAUCCAAAGCAGAUCCAUCAAAAGGGAAAUCCCAAGAUAAAGAAAUCUCAUCAGGACAGUUUGAAUCGAUCGAGAGGGCAUACCAGGUUCUUCCAGAGGCAGUGAACAACUUGGCAGUGGCAUCAACUGGGCCUGCGAAUAUUCCUCUCUGGGGAAUAAUGGAGCACAAGGAUUAUGCAGCUCCCAAUGCCACUACCACUUCACCCAAAACGCCUGUCUUGUACUUGGGUCAUUCAAAGGUGUCACACACCAGACAUUGAUGUGUCCCAGUAAAAAAAAAGGAAAAAUAAACAGUGUAAAGAUCAUUGUGCGCGAAUUCAACAGACUGCUAAAAUAUUUAUGAACAAUUUUUUCUCUCGCGCCAUGUGCAUUUAGAACCCUGUAAUAAUGGAAAUAAUUAUAGUUAAAUCUAAUUUUAGUAUCCGAAAGCUCAACACGGUUAGAUACAGAGUCAAUAGAAACCUCUCCACCUCACAGCUCUAAAAAGACAUAUUUUCACAAAUGAUUUCAUGACACAUUUUCUAUUGGCUCUGUAGAUCAAACCAUGGCCAGUGUGGUACAUAAGUGCGGUCUGUUUGACUCAUGUCUAGAAUAAAGAAUCAAUCCAUAUUUUAACCCGGUGGUAUUUCCUCGGUGGAAUUUCUCCGAAAAUGGGAAAGUGAACGUGAAAUCGGUUUUAACCGAAGCCCAUAAAUGGCGGGUGUUUCGACGUUUGUUAUAAAUUCGUAAUACGUGAUGUGCGGUUAUAAUUUCCGUGCAAAUGGCUCUCGCUGAUUUCGCAAGUUUGGACGACGUCCAGACUGCAUCGAAGGUGUCACGUAUUGAAUUCAAUAAGGGAAAUACGUGAAUUGCCUAUUUAUGGGGCUGAGAAUAAAGUAAAAUGAAUAAAAUUGAACAGGUGAAAACGGGUAAGUGUCCUCUGACCUGGAGAAGUGAAAGGGGAGGCCAUUUUGUCGGUUGCUCCAAUUUUCAAAGUGCUCUAUGAACUCAGCUGCACUUGAAUGAUCAUUUAAAUUUCAUCGAUGCAAAAGGCAGAAAGGAAAAAUUAACGAUAAUGAGAGGAAUUUCCUGAUAUUUUUGGGGUCGAUGAUGAUCUUAUGAAGAAAUCUAAGAGCUCACUCCGUCUGACACAGAGGCGUGUGAAAAUACUGAAAGCAGGAAGCAUUCGGGAAAAUGUAUUCUAUUGUUUGAGUUUUAACGAUACCAACGAUGAUUAUACGACAGUGACUCCAUAACGAGAUAACAACGGUUGAAUAAUUAGAGAUCCAUUUCAGGGGCAAGGAGACCAAACAAGGACGUGACCUUAAUGAGGGAGUGACAUUUACAUGAUAGGAGAAAUUGUAACUGCAUUGUGCAUCACAGUA